CUUACUGACACACUGGAUUCCUUUGCUGCCCCUUUAAGAAGGAGGGAGUGGGGAGCGUGGCCUGAAGACACAUCUUUUUGAUCCAUUCAAACAUGACUUGUAAGGAAGGAGCCCAUUACCUGGCUGGAGGAAGUGCAGGGGGUGCUCUCCUGGAGAAUUGUGAGGUCACAGCAGGCGUGCUGGAUCAUUGAUACAAUGUGUCACUUCCUACGCUGCCUGUGACUACUGCAGGAAGCUGCUGCAGCUGCUGACACUACAAGCUGCCUCUUAUCAUAAGCUUGUGUUUUGUGACAUGGCUGAAUGAGACAGUAAACUGCCCCCCCCCCCCACCCCCCCUCUCCCCACCACCCUCCCACCAUGGCAGCCAAGGAAGAGAUGUACAGCAAGAUCAUCCCUCGAAGGAAUAGACAGCAACGCACAGGAACCAUCAAGCAUGGAUCUUCCCUUGAAAUCCUUCUCUCCAUGGGCUUCCCGAAAGCCAGGGCGCAAAAAGCACUAGCGUCAACCGGUGGGAGAAGUGUUCAGGCAGCUUGUGAUUGGCUCUUCUCUCACGUGGAUGACCCCUUUCUGGACGACCCCCUGCCCCGCGAGUAUGUCCUGUACCUGCGGCCCAUGGGUCCAUUGGCGCAGAAGCUAUCUGACUUCUGGCAGCAGUCGAAGCAGCUCUGUGGCAAGAACAAAGCACAUAAUAUUUUCCCGCACGUUACGCUCUGCCAGUUCUUCAUGUGUGAAGAUAAAAACGUUGACGCCUUAUGCGAAGCAUUACAGACCACGGUCACCCAGUGGAAAACCAAAUUCCCCAACCCCCUCCCCUUACAGCUCUACACGUCUUCCAAUUUCAUUGGGCUCUUCGUGAGCGACGAGUGCGCCGAGAUUCUGAAGAAAUUUGCGGCAGAUUUUUCUGAAGAGGCCUUGAUCAAAACAGAUGUCCGGGUGGAGCCGCACAAGAAGCAGUUGCAUGUAACGCUGGCAUAUCACUUCCAGGCCAAUCACCUGCCAACGCUGGAAAAGCUGGCCAAUAACAUUGACCUAAACCUGGGCUGUGAUUGGGUGGCUGCCAUAUUUUCCCGGGACAUCCGAUAUAUCAAUCACGAGACCCUGCAGGUCUUGUACCCCUAUAUACCGCAAAACGAUGAUGAGCUGGAGCUGGUACCCGGGGAUUUUAUCUUCAUGUCACCGGUGGAGCAGACCAGCACAAGCGAAGGUUGGCUGUACGGGUCAUCGCUGGCUACUGGGUGCUCCGGCCUCCUUCCGGAAAACUACGUCACCAAAGCAGACGAGUGCGGCAGCUGGGUGUUUCACGGGUCGUACUCCCUCCUUAACACAUCAGAUGCCGCCUCUUAUUCCCUGAGCGAUGGGCUGCUGGAUAGAAGAGUGCCGGAUGACCAGGGCCUGGUGGACACGGCCUCGCUCACCAUUAUCUGUCAGCCUAUGCAGCCGUUGCGGAUUAACUCACACGUGGGCCCUAAGAAGCGCUGUCUUUUUGUGUGCCGCCAUGGCGAGCGGAUGGACGUGGUGUUCGGGAAAUAUUGGCUGUCGCAGUGCUUCGAUGCGAAAGGCCGCUAUGUGCGAACCAACCUGAACAUGCCGCAGAGUUUACCGCAAAGGAGCGGCGGCUAUCGGGAUUUUGAGAAGGACGCUCCCAUCACAGUGUUCGGGUGCACGCAAGCCAAGCUGGUCGGUCAGGCCUUGCUGGAGAGUAACACAACCGUAGAAUUCAUAUAUUGCUCCCCGUCUUUGCGUUGCGUACAGACGGCACACAACAUACUGAAAGGCCUCAAGCAAGAGAGUAAAGGAAAAAUCCGGGUAGAACCGGGCUUAUUUGAGUGGACAAAGUGGGUGUCUGGUACCUCGCUACCCGCUUGGCUCUCACCCACUGAAAUGGCAGCUGCCAAUCUAAAUGUGGACACAACGUACAGACCUCACAUACCGAUCAGCAAGCUGGUGGUGUCCGAGUCAUACGACACAUACAUGAGUCGGAGUUUCCAGGUGACAAAGGACAUCCUCAGCGAGUGUAAAGGUAAAGGAAAUAACAUCCUGAUCGUAGCGCACGCCUCAUCCCUAGAAGCCUGCACCCGCCAGUUACAGGGUCUCACUCCGCAAAACUCCAAGGACUUUGUACAGGUUGUCAGAAAGAUUCCAUAUUUGGGUUUCUGCUGUUGUGAAGAGCUGGGGGAGUCGAGCCUGUGGCAGCUAACGGACCCCCCUAUUCUCCCGCUCACUCACGGACCCACCGGUGGAUUUAACUGGAGAGAGACUUUACUGCAGCAGUGAUCUCCAGUUCAUGGACCAAACUGUUCCUCCGAUCCAAACUGUAGAGCGUUUUCGCCUCUGGAUGCAAAGUGGCGGCAAGGUGCCGCACGGCUGCCACGCCUAUACCAAUGUAAUCUAUGUUUUGCCUAUAUAUAUAUAUAUAUCUGUAUGUGAAGACUAGCUAUUUUUGUUGAGGAUCUAUAUUUACCGGUUCAAAGUGAUAUAUCUGUAUAGUAAACCAAUGUCUUCUAGCGCAGAGUUGGAAGCGUUUAUAGCGCAGGAUUCCGCUAGCGGCGACUUUAUCCUCGCCGUCUUCAGGUCAGUGUGUAUGUAGCUUUAGUCCGGUCCGCAGGGGGCAUCCUGGCAUGGAGCUACAAUGAAGCUUUAGUCUUCCUGGAUAAUAAUUUAUCAAUAUUUAUUACUGACGGUCGGGUCUCGUUGCUUUUUUCCAUAUUGGUCCAAGCGCCAUGAUCCACCGCAAAUGGGAGUCAGUCAGUUGCUGACAUCUCCUGCUGACAGUGCUGAUCCUCUGGAUUCGGUAGUGACUACAAACAUCGGGGUCCUUGAUUGCUGCAUGAUUGUGCCUGGUCAGUGAUGUAAAUAGUCAGAGGAUCAACAUAGCAGGGAACUGGAAUUUUCCAUAAGAGGUCAACAAUAGCCCUGUAUUUCAGCUAAGGUUUCCUCUAUUGGUUGGUGCAUGUUUCAUUCCAUAAUCGUUGGUCUCAUUCACCCAGAGUGUGUUUUAGAGUGAUGUCUCUUGUGAUAUUCAUUCUUUUUUUCCUGAAUAUUGGGCAACUGCAGCCAAAUAGCUAAAUCCAUAGAUGGAGUCAGAUCAAUUUAGUGCUUACUCUUCCCUCCUCUGCUGUGUGAAAGUGACAACACUUUGAGAUCUGCAGUGCUAAAGACUCGGGGCCACUGCCAUGCCUCCUAACUUGUAGUACAAGAGAACAUCAUGGCACUGGUAAUGUCCUUCCCCCUAGGCUCCAUCAGGUUACAGAGUGGGUUUGAAUUACCAAGCAGUUUUUUAUGUCUCUCCGAGACGCUGGUGGUGAGGUUUCUCAUAGUACUUUUUGCCUCAGUCAUUCCCACGUGGCGAUUUGGAAGAUGUCACUUUCUCACAGCUGUGUCUCCUCCCCUCCCACAAGGCCAUAUGCAGGCCUGUCGCUCCAGGACAGGCAAAACAAACAAUUGCUUGGGGCCCCGAGCUGGCCUGGGGCCCCCCAACUUCCCCCUCCCAGGCUGU